AUCCUACUUAGUUUGACAACAGUCGUGAGUUUGUUCUGACACGAUGACAUCGUUCGUGCGAUCGAUCGUGUUAAGUGUCGGUUUUCUGUCGAUCCUGGUGAAGGGUCAAGAAUUUGAGUUUUUCACUGAUACUCCUCCGGAAGAUUAUUUCCAAAGGCAAUCGUUAGAUGAUUGCCCAUCAAGGUUCUAUCCUGAUCCUCACAGGUUUUCCGUUUCUCACGUGCUCGGAGGAGAACGAGCUAUUGCGGGGGAGUUCAUGCACAUGGCGUCUAUUGGAUGGACUACAGAUGGAAUAACUCAAUAUUUGUGUGGAGGAGCAUUGAUUUCUUCAAAAUUUGUUCUAACUGCUGCUCAUUGUGCUGUGAAUGGAGCAGGUAAUCAGCCUGACACGGUUCGAUUGGGCGAUACGAACUUGGCCGCAGUUGAGGAUGAUGAUACCGCGCAGCAAAUUGGAGUACGCAGUUUUAGAAAACAUCCUGAAUAUCGACCAAGCAGAAAGUAUUUUGACAUAGCCCUUAUUGAACUAGAGACCGAAGCAGUAUUUAACCAAGCUAUAUGCUCAGCUUGUUUGUGGUUAGAGGCGGAUGUACCUGAAGAGCCUAUGCAAGCUAUUGGAUUUGGUGCAACCGGUUUUGGCGAAAAUUUGAGUCCCACUUUGCAGAAAGUCACAUUAUCUGCAAUCGAUAAGAAAACUUGCACUGAGCAAGUACCGGUUAGUCGCCGACAACAGCCAAACGGCUUCGUCGAUGCACAAUUUUGUGCCGGAAGUGAUCACAUGGACACUUGUGAGGGUGAUUCUGGAGGUCCGAUUCAAAUCGAAAGAGAAGAUAUUGACGGAUCUUUGGUGCCUCUGAUUGUCGGAGUAGUGUCAUAUGGGACGCCUUGUUCCAAUGGAUCGCUUGGUGUGUAUACUCGUGUUGCUUCCUACCGAGACUGGAUUGAACAAGAGUUAGAACAUCAUGUUGAUUAUUUGACAUGUACACGAACAUCCACCUGUUAUGGUAGAAAACAUGUUAACUCGAUAAUAAGCAAUUUUUGCUUUUUGGGUCCCAUUUUCCGGGUAGGGAUCCUAUGGAACACCACCGCGCUUAAUGCUUUUGAAUGCGGAGCAACCAUUAUAGACUAUCGCUUUGUUAUAACUUCUGCAUCCUGCCUACAAUUGAGGAAUGAUAAGCCACACAGUAUUAUAUUAGAAAGCACUGGAGAGACUGUUCCAAUUGAUGAAAUUACUAUUCAUCCAGAAUUCAACGCUGAUAAGCCACAAAACGACAUCGCAUUACUGAAGUUGUCCAAAUUUGUCAAACAUGAUAUGAAAGUAGUGCCUGCAUGUCUUUGGAAACAGAAUGACACAGAUAGAGAGGAAGGUUUACAGAGCGUAUCGGCUUACGGAACUAAACGAGCAAGCAAAGAGUUCUUCAAGAAAGAUGAUUAUGAACGAUAUGUAAUCGAUACUCUAACAGGCGCAGAUGAUAGUGAAUUAUGCCAGAAUUCGGAACAUGCACAGAAUAAUCUUUAUUGCUUGAACAAUUUUAUCGAGUUAAUUCCAACUGUAUGCAAUAUGGACUACGGAGGCCCUGUCACCCGGAAAAGUUUUGUCACACCUGUGCCGUACCUUUUUGGAUUGGUUUCCAAGUUCAGUGAAGGAUGCGGAAAAGAUUUAGUGGUAACAAAAAUAGAACCACACAUUGAAUGGAUAGAGAGUGUUGUUCUGAAUGAUAGGGAUAGUGAUUUGGGUGUUGAAUAAACUGCGUUUUUAGCUAGUAAUGAUUCUUGUUGAUAGGUUGUUAUUUAGUUAACAUAAUUUCAUUAAUUGUUGUCCUAUAUUUAUUUUGAGACAUCAACACGUGUAACCCGAAACAUUAUCUAAUGCUUAUCUAAAAUAAAAUAGCUGAAAGGCUUGAGUUGAGUUGUGGCUCUUAAGUUGAA